CGCAUGCGCAGCCCCGUUUCCUUUAAGUCACGGUUUCCCAGUCUCGUCAGCCCCUCCACGGUGUCCGCGGGGCUCCGCCCUGAACCGCGUGACAGGAUGCUAGGGGCGGGGCUCAGUCUCGCGGGGCGGAGGAGGAGGAAGCAGGAAGUGUAUUCCCAAAAAGCCCAACACAAACAAACCCGGAUUUAGAGAAGCGAGAGCCGCGCUCGAGCUGAAGCACACCUUUCUUCCCGCUUGACCGGGCCUGAAGCGCCACCAUGUCCAACAUGGAGAAGCAUCUCUUUAACUUAAAGUUUGCUGCCAAAGAGCUUAACAGAAAUGCCAAAAAGUGUGAUAAAGAAGAAAAGCUUGAAAAAGCCAAAAUUAAGAAGGCAAUUCAGAAAGGGAAUACUGAAGUUGCAAGAAUACACGCAGAAAAUGCAAUCCGGCAGAAGAAUCAAGCCAUCAACUUCUUGCGGAUGAGUGCCCGGGUGGAUGCUGUAGCAGCAAGAGUUCAAACGGCAGUAACAAUGGGCAAGGUAACAAAGUCAAUGGCUGGAGUAGUUAAAUCUAUGGAUGCUACAUUGAAAAGCAUGAACUUGGAAAAGAUAUCUGCCUUAAUGGACAAAUUUGAGCAGCAGUUUGAAACCUUAGAUGUGCAGACGGCACAGAUGGAAGACACAAUGAGUAAUACCACUACUCUAACAACACCACAAAAUCAAGUGGACCUGCUUCUACAGGAAAUGGCAGAUGAAGCUGGGCUUGACCUGAAUAUGGAACUACCUCAGGGACAGACGGGCUCUGUCGGCACAAGUGUUGCUUCAGCAGAACAGGAUGAGCUCUCGCAAAGACUGGCACGCCUUCGUGACCAAGUGUAAUGGGAAGAGUUGGAUCUGUGAACUGCAUUUGCUUCCAAAGUGUUCUGUGUACAUAAAUCACAGCCUGACUAAGGAUCUCUGUCUAUAAUGUGUCUAGAUAUUUAAUUGAUACACUUAUUGGGCGCUUCUCUUUUGGUCUCACUGUGCUUUCUAAAAUACAUUAACCCAACGGUGGUAUGAUCUUCAGUGUAUUUUCUAAUUCCGAGCAUUUUGAAGUCAAGGGUUAUAUUUUUUCAAAGGCCUAGAUUGAGAUUUCAGUUUUCCCAAGUGUCACAUCAGAUCAUCAAACUGAAUAGAAGAGUAGCACCCUGAACAUAUAUAAUUUUAAGUUAUGUAGCAGUGUUUUAAAUUAUAAAUAUCUGCAGUUGAACUGAUAAGGUGGUGCAUGCCUUUCACAUGAUCAUCACACUUAAGUCCCUCAAGUGGUUGAGAGGAAAAUCCAGUUGGACAGUGUGGUAUAUUUGUGUAUGUGUAUGUAUGUGUACUGUUUAAACAUCCCUGGAUAAUCUUUCCAUGGUGUUAUAGAACAAGGAUACUUGUAAUAAUGCUUACAUCAAAAUGAUAGUUAUGCUGUCCUCCAUAACUGGAAGCUUGUAUUGGGAUCAUCACUUGAGAGCUGAAGGAAUAAAAUAUAUUUUUCAACA